UUUUUUUUUUAUUUAGUUUUAUCUUUCAAAUAUAUUAUCAAUCAAAAUGCGUUUCUCUCUGAUUACCUUAACAGCUUGUGUUCUUCUUGGUGGACAAGUAUUGGCUAGUCCUAUUGGUGAUGUUAAACAAAAUGACUUGGUGGCCCGUGAUACUGAUGAUUUCUGUGUCUACUUUUACAAGAAACCUAAUCAACAAGAACAAGCUGGAUUUAUUUGUGGUUCACUUGAUAGUGAAGGUGAAGGUAAUCAUGUUGGUCGUCCAAAUGCCAAUAUUCCUGUCGUAGGUUCUUUGACUGCUCCUGAUUGGCUUCAAAUUACUGUUUAUGACAAGCAUGCUUACCAAGGUCAUAGCAAGACUUUCCAAGGCAAUCAAGAUAAUAUUUCACCUACCUUAAAUGUUCAAAGCUUUAAGCUUGUACACAAAUAGUUAUAUUAACACAUGAAUAUGUCUUUUAAAAUAAUAAAGGUUGAAAUGGAUGUGUCACACAAAUGACACAGCAGUACCGGUAUUUAAAUUUAUCUAGGCAGCCAAGCAUGGGUAUUUUUUCCUUCUUGGCGCUCAAUUCUUUUUUCGUUCCCUUUUCUUUUUUUUUUUCUUCUUCUUUUA